ACAGAACAGAGUGUGACAGAGCAAGAAGAGGAGAGAACUGAAACGGAGCGUCUGCGCCGUACUCCAGCAAUCCUCCUCUUCUCGAGCCAUGGAGGCCUAUUCCAGAGACUUUUUGAGGGCAAUCGGAGAGGGAGACGACGAGAGCCGCCGCGGAGAGGAAAUGACGGGCAUGAAAAUGGAGGUGGACCUUACGCUGGAGCUGUCGCUCGGCGGCCGGUUCGGGCUACAGAGGAGGAGCAGCGAGAGGCUCGCCGGUUCGUCGUCGUCGUCGGCCGCGUCCGCCCUGGCGCCGCCCGUUCUCGUUGACUACCUGAGCGCUGUGCGGGGGACUCGGAGCCUGUCCCGUCAAGGAACUAGCUGGAGCUUGGCCGAUUUGGAGACUGAGCUGAUGGAGGAGAUGCCGGGCGUGUGCACGGUGGGGCUCCCCAGGACGGCCGAAGGCCUCCUGUACAGGUACAAGGAAGAGGAAGGCGACGUGGUGAUCGCCUGCUUGUGUCAUGGUUUGUUUCUGAGUCCGGAGGAAUUUCUGAAGCAUGCUGGCGCUGUCAACGUUGAGAACGCGACGCACCGCAUCAUGACGAAAUGAAACCCGUCGCCCCAUAUAGUUCUGGAACUCCGCAUGCGGGUCUUGCAAAAUAUUUUAUAUCAUGUGAAACUUCAUUCGUAGCUCCUCCAGAGGAUCAGGAAACUCGUCGUCAGGUUUGCCUUAUGUAGUUAUGUUACAGAUCGACUUGAGUUGUAGUGGC